UAGAGAUCGAGAAUGUCCAGUGAUCUCAUCUUCACAGGACUGCAACUUCACGAAUGUUUCUAAGGGCAACCUGCUCUGGACCUGUUCAUGCAUUAAUCAAACCGUCUUUGUUAAUCGUACUAUCGUGAAAGAGCUUCCAUGCUUACAAAAUGCAUCGUCUUCGGGUUCGAACAUGGUUGAUGCUGUUCGGUAUAUCAACACGACAAUAUAUUUACCAUGUGAUGGAGGGAAGAAAGGCAAUGAAAGCAAUGUUAUCCAUAGCUCUGAUGCAUUUAUCAAUUGUUCGCAACAGACAGAAAUCAUCAAGUACAUCAAUAGAACUAUAGUUGUGCGCGACGUUGUUGAAUCACCUCUCAAUUCUUCAGCAUUGUGUUCAAGAUCGCAACUUUGGGAAAUUUUCAACAACAUGUCUCUCCCAGUAUUGAUAUCUGUCAGCGUGACGCUCCAAUCAACUGUGCAAGCUUUCAACCAGGAUCAGAACACCCUGCUGGAUGCGAUGGCUCACGUUGCUCAAGUGCCCUCCAAGAACAUCGGAGUCGUGAGUGUCAAAGAAAACAAUCGGCGAGCGACAUCCAUCGAAGUGUUGCUGAUGAUCGUCGCCAAGGAUUCUCAAGACGCGUUGAAGAUUUUGCAGCGGCUGACAACUGAAGCGGUGAAUCAAGCGCUGCAGGAUCGAGGACUGCCCGUUGCCGAUGUUCGUAAAGGGUCCUCCGUGUCCACUUCCUCAUCCGUAUCGGCAGCUCCGACAGCACAAGCAGUGUCAAAGGCCUUCUCGCUUCCAUUCCCAGCUGUUGUGACAGGGGUGGUGCUGGGAGGCGUCUUGCUUGCAGUGCUCUGCUUCUUUGGCUUCAGUCACUUGCGGGUCAACAGGAACAAGUCCAGCAGGAUUCAUCCUCGGAUCUCGAUCGUCCACCUUCCACCAGAUGCUGGACCCGCAAACCUGGCUGACUAUGUUCAUCCCUUCCACGGUCAGUCUGCAUCUCCGGGUCAGGCGAACGCGCGGGACAGGGCCUUGUCAAUGUUCCGGAAGAUAUCGCUCACUCCCAGCACGGGCUCUCACAUCGUGAUCGAUAGAGUAGACGAUGGGGAGGAGACUCACCACGCUCACCAGCACCCCUGGUCUAUCCGACACAUACACAAGAGGAAUUCCAUGGCGUCAACCGAUCAGCUGUCGCACGACGUUAAGAACGAGAUUGUGGUUGAGGACCUCGAUGAAUGA